AUGGAGUCCAAUACAAAUGGUCGGCUACCGUCGCGAGACGCUUAUCUCAAGCGUUCCCUAGGGACGUUGUCUCGUCGCAUUCGCGAGUCUCGCGUGUUGCUCGUCGGCGCUGGCGGGAUCGGUUGCGAGCUCCUCAAAAACCUACUACUCACUGGUUUCGGUGAAAUCCACAUCGUUGACCUCGAUACCAUUGAUCUAAGCAACCUCAAUCGCCAGUUUCUAUUUCGCCACGAACAUAUCAAAAAGUCAAAGGCGUUGGUAGCCAAAGACGUCGCCCAAAAGUUCCGCCCCGAUUCAAAGCUGGAGGCGUAUCAUGCCAACAUCAAGGACGCCCAGUUCAAUGUCGACUGGUUUGCUACAUUUAAUGUCGUCUUCAACGCUCUUGAUAAUUUGGACGCUCGUCGCCAUGUGAAUCGGAUGUGCCUCGCCGCGAACGUACCUUUGGUAGAAAGUGGAACAACAGGGUUUAAUGGACAAGUUCAAGUCAUCAAGAAGUCUCGUACCGAGUGUUAUGAUUGCAACCCAAAAGAGGUCCCAAAAUCAUUCCCUGUCUGCACAAUUCGAAGCACACCAAGCCAGCCCAUACACUGCAUCGUUUGGGCAAAGAGCUAUCUUUUACCUGAGCUUUUCGGUACUAGUGAAACCGACGGCGAUGAAGACGGUUUCGAUCAUAGCGAGGAUGCAGAGAAUGCGGAGGAGAUUGAGAAUUUACGCCGCGAAGCAAAGGCGCUGAAAGCAAUUCGAGAAUCCAUGGGCUCAGAAGGAUUUGCACGGAAAGUAUUUGAUAAGGUCUUUAAGAACGAUAUUGAACGCCUACGUGCUAUGGAAGAUAUGUGGAAGACACGCAAACCCCCGACUGCCCUCAAUUAUGAUUCGAUAUCAGAAAAAGCCAGCUCAGUCGAGGCCACUAUUGCUCAGAACGACCAAAAAGUUUGGGCGCCAGAAGAGGACUUUGUAGUCUUCAAGGAUAGUCUGGAUCGCUUGAGCAGUCGACUAAAGGAGCUCCAAGCAAACAAGUCUGGCAACAUCGAGCCAAUAAUAACUUUCGACAAAGACGAUGUCGAUACUCUUGAUUUCGUCGCGGCUAGCGCCAACCUGCGGUCUGUGAUUUUUGGCAUCGAGUCCAAGUCCAAGUUUGAUAUCAAGCAAAUGGCUGGAAACAUCAUCCCCGCAAUCGCCACAACGAAUGCCAUGACCGCUGGUCUUUGUGUUUUGCAAGCGUUCAAAGUCCUGAAGGAUGACUACGAUCAUGCCAAGAUGGUCUUCCUGGAGCGCUCUGGCGUCCGAGCCAUCAACUCCGAUAGUUUACGACCACCUAAUCCGUUCUGUGCCGUCUGUUCUGUGGCGCAAGGGAAAAUUGUAGUAGAUCUAGAACGUGCAACAUUGAACGACUUGGUUGAGGAUAUCGUCCGCGGCAAGCUGGGGUACUCUGAAGAAUUCUCGAUCAAUACAGAUGCUGGCAUGAUCUACGACCCGGACUUGGACGACAAUCUGCCUAAGAAGCUUGUUGAUCUGGGCGUACAGGCAGAGACUUUGCUGACCAUCAUUGACGAGGAAGAUGACAGUCCUUUCGUCAACCUAGAACUGGUCGUGGGAAGUGCAAAAACAGGUGAUGGCAAAGCAAUCACUCUUGCUAGAGAUAUCGAGAUUCCAAAGAAGCCCAAGCAAGCGCCCAUUGAGGAACCUGCCAUCGACGGUACUACAGUCACGAACGGAGUCAUUGGCAAGAGAAAGCGUGCAGCAGACGAGACCGCUCUCAACGGCGAACCUGACGCAAAACGUCUUGCAGCUACCAAUGGCACUGGCAACGAGCCUAUCGUGCUUGAUGAUCCUGACACUGGCGCGAUUCUGAUUGACGACGACUAG